CUUGUUCUCGCGAUAUUUGGUUUGCUGCUGCGUUGUCUCUCCGGAAAAUCCCGUGAGACGUUCAUCAUCAUCAUCAUCAUCAGCAGCAGCAGCAGCAGCAGCAGAGAGCAGCUCAGCUAAGCCCUCCUUCAUAAUCUACACCUGCCGGACGAGACAAACUUCUGGAGCAGAUCUAGGAUCAGGAUCGUAGCCGCACGCUUGAAGUUUUACGACUUCAUCUGAAUCAUGGGGAACAUUUUCGGGAAUUUGCUGAAGAGCCUCAUAGGGAAGAAGGAGAUGAGGAUCCUGAUGGUCGGGCUGGACGCUGCAGGAAAAACAACAAUCCUCUACAAGCUCAAACUGGGGGAAAUCGUCACCACGAUCCCGACCAUUGGGUUUAAUGUGGAGACGGUGGAGUACAAGAACAUCAGCUUCACCGUGUGGGACGUGGGUGGGCAGGACAAGAUCCGCCCUCUCUGGAGACACUACUUUCAAAACACACAGGGUCUAAUCUUUGUGGUGGACAGCAAUGACAGGGAGCGUGUGAAUGAAGCACGGGAGGAGCUGAUGAGGAUGCUGGCUGAGGACGAACUGAGAGAUGCAGUCCUGCUUGUGUUUGCCAAUAAACAGGAUUUACCAAACGCCAUGAAUGCUGCUGAGAUCACAGACAAGUUGGGCUUACACUCCCUGCGUCACCGCAACUGGUACAUCCAGGCUACCUGCGCCACCAGUGGCGACGGUCUUUAUGAGGGUCUUGAUUGGCUGGCCAAUCAACUCAAGAACAAAAAAUAAGAAGAAAACUGGGAAAAAAAAAAAAGCAGCCAGCAGCCGCAACCGUCCAACUUUUUAUUUGUUUUUGGGAAAACAAGUUAGGAACAAAGAUUUUUUGAUUCAUAGACGAAGAAGCAAGAAUCUGGGUUUUGGGGUGAUUUUAAAGCUUUCAUUUAUAUUUUUCAGCACUUAUUGAAAACAGAUUCUCAUGUACGUCGUAUCUAACCACUCUCACACACACACACACACACACACACACACAUACACAAGGAAUGCACACUAACUAAGCAAUCGCAAGCAGACACUCGCUUUUCCCGUGUCCACCUCUCGUCCUUAGGUGCAAUGUACUGUAUGUUAGUCUCUAGGUGCUGUACCAAGUCACGUGUGACUCCACCGAGUCGGCAAUGAAUCUUAUAUGACUUUUUUUGUUGAUGUACGUCGUCCAUGCAAAGAACUGUUCUGUGUCAGUUGCACUUCCUGUUUGUUUGUUUGUUUGUUUGUUUGUUUGUUUUCUUUCCUUUCCUGCGGGGGUAACAGAGCCAUGUUUGAGAACAAUCGCAGCGUAACAAUUCACUUCAGUAGUUUGUUCUCCCCUUUUUUUUUUUUUUUUAAUUUGUGAGCAAUGCUGAGGCACUUUGAUACUCAGAUAAGUGUGCACACAUACAUGUAUGCGUAUGUGCCAGCAGCCGAGACAGUAUUAACAACAAUAAUAAGACAACAGGACUGAAGCUUCGUCUUUUUCCCCUUUCGUCGUCUUUACUGCCUCACUUUGGAAAUCUUUUGAUAUCUGUGGCUUGUUUCUACUCCCCGUGUGGCAUCAAAUCCAAUCCCUUUUUAAAUAUUCUCAAACGCUCGACGCGUCUUCAGCUGCCUGACCUGCAUGCAUCCUGGUAGAUCUUGUAAUUUUCCAAUCCAUGGAGCUGCAUGGAUGUUGUUGACGCUUGUUUUUCAUCGUGUUCUGGUGCCGUUUUGCCCGUAGGAUGCAGAAAACUAAACCAAACCACAGAUUUCUGCAUGUAAAUGCGCUAAAGAUGCAGCGUUAGUCGGCUUUAUGGUCUUUUGAUGUGAAAGCAGUAUGUAUGUAUGUAUAUAUAUAUAUAUACACACAUAAGCUGCUCUGCUGCUGCCUGUCUGCCUUCAUGUGUAUGAGUACUCCGACUGCAUCAGGUUGCUCUCGCUUUGUGUUUUUCAGACUUGCAUAUCGAUGGGGAUGGAGUCUGUGUUACUGAAUGUGAAUAUUGUUGAUGAAUCUAUAAAUGGCUGUAAUGAUAUUUAUUUGACAUGCAUAUUCCUUUAUUCCAGUGACGUGUGGGCUAUAAUUCAUGUGAAAAUAAAGCAGAUCAAUUAAUUCACUUCCGAACAGCAGACGAGUUACCGCGUCGCCACUGAUACCAGCAGAAUACACAGAUCAAAUCAAUAAAACUAUUUCUUUGUGCCAUACAUGGGUACUCAUAUAUAUAUAUAUAUUUACCAGUGACAGCUGUAACUCCACUCCACCAAAUUGUGAGUGCAUUGUUCAUAUUCCGCAUCUAUCGUAUGUUGAAUCAUGAGUUUAAUCAUUUAGGUUUUGUGGCCUUAUAUUUAGUGAUGAUUUCAAAUUCUCAGCUUGUUUUGUUUCUGAUUUUUAAGUGGCAUAUAUUUAUCUAUAAAGAAUGAUUUACAGACUUAUUUCUCUAUGCCCUCAAAAGGCAGGUUUUGCACCACAGUUCAGGAUGAUUAGGCAAAAAGAUUUUUGUCCUUUUUUUUCUUCUUGUUUUUGCCAGUAAUAUACUUGAUUCAUAUUUGGUGGUAGAUUUCUUUGGUUUUCUUUGGGGUGUAAAAGAAACUUUGAUGUAGACUGUGUCUGUGAAACAAUGAUAAUCCGUGCGAACAAAAACAAGAAAAAACAGAAAAGAAAAAUACUUCUGAUGAUUCAUUCUGUACCGUUAUAGUUACACAAGUAGAUUUAAAAAAAUAAAAAACGGUGAGUGCAAGGAGACAUCUGUAUGUGAUGUAAGACAACUAAUUCCUGCUGUAUUAAAAAAAUAAACUCAUUUUCUGUAUGC